AGUUACAGUGUAUGAUAAGUUGCUGGUACGGUUUCUGGUGUUUGCGGUUAUCUUAAUAAUGAGCCAAUGAAACGUAUUGUAUAAUGUCUAAAAUAGUUGAAAAGACAGUGAAUUCUCUCCAGGCUUACGUAAGCCGGAACAUUCUGAGGGGAGAGUUUCUCCUUCAAGACUUCACGCUGGAGAUCGCCUCUGCUGCAUCGAAAGAGGAUGAAAACGAAAUCAUUGCCAGAAAACUGUCGGCCUUGGAGCAAGACAUGAAAGACUGUUUGAAAACGGAGCGUAUAGAGGAGUACCUCCUUCAGGCCAUGUACCUGGAAAUGCUGGGACAUCCGACACCGUUCGCAUAUGUUCAUGCCGUCAAGCUUCUACAGCAAGGACAACUAAGCCAAAAGCUUAUAGGUUACCUGGCAACGACCGUGUUUUUAGAUCCGAGCCACGAACUUGUUGUGCUUCUAAUCAACAGCAUUCAGAGGGACCUGACAAGCAAAGUUUCCCUUGUUGUUGUCAUGGCGCUUGAAAUCAUACCAAGACUUAUUCACGGUGAAUUUGCCGUGGCCGUUCAGCCGCUCGUCAUUGAGAAGACGAGGCAUUACAGCUCUGCUGUACGCAAGGCAGCGCUUGUAGCACUUCAGCACUGUUACUCCCAGUGUGGUUCCACUCAGAUUUCAUUGGCCCACGUGCGGAUCUUGGAAAAAGGACUAGCCGACACGGAAGUAAAUGUAGUGUCAUCGGCAGCUCAAUGUAUUCGAGCGUGUGCCAAGGACAAUGGUGGUGAAAUUGGUCAUCUCUGUGCUCCUUUGCUGGAUGUGCUAAGUCAACUCAGGUUGAAGAGGGUGCACAGCGAUUAUGAAUUUGGAGGGAUCUCGGCACCUUGGCUCCAACUGGCAGUUCUCGGUGCCCUAGGCCAUCUACAGCUUGACACAGAGCAAGCAAAGAAUGUACUAAGUGCAUUGAAGGAGAUCUUGGAUUCCAGAAUCGUUAACCAGACCAUCUAUUAUGCCAUACUUUGGGAGUCCUUAAACACGCUUUCCAAAGUCCUUACAGCUGGCAGUCCUCUUCAGAAGAGUGCGAUUGACUGCAUUGCCAAGAUGCUUCACUCAAACAGCACUGAUCUGAAUUACUCAGGUGUUGAUGCACUGGAACGAGUCCUUGCAAAGUGUUGUCCUUCAGAAGUGGUCACAUGUCAAGAUGUCAUCAUCGAUUGUCUUCACCACCCUGACGAAAGUGUCCGGAUUAAGACACUCAACCUCCUCAUCACUAUGGCCAAUGCUACCAACGUAGCAGCCAUUGUGAAUCGUGUUAUGAAGUAUGCCUCGACGUCUGUGGAUUAUACCGUUCGGUCUUUCGUGUGUGAAAAGAUCAUUCAUCUGCUGAAGCUAUAUCCUUUUCUGCACAACUUUGGUUGCACAACCAGGUCUGAAAUGGCAUCCUUAACUCUUUGCACGUAUUCAGAUGACAUCAGAUGGUGUGCAACAACCUUUCUUAAUCUGCUACUCGUUGCCCCCAAUCACAUAACAGAAGCGACAGUUCUUGACUUCAUUAAUAUAUUCAAGAAAGAAAAAGAAGCAGUUUUGCCAUGCAUAAUGCCAGAGUUGCUCAAGGCUGACGUCAUCUACAGUGGAGAAAAUGAAUCACUGUUGACAUUGGUGGCAUGGGGUAUCGGACAAGUAAAACCAGAUAUGCCGGCCAGCUGCUCAUUUUUGGAGGCUGCGCAGAAGCUGAUGGUUAUCCUGGAAUCUUGUCAGUCUGACAGCCAGUUGUCGUUGUGCGUCCUCACCUCAUUGUCCAUGCUGCUACUUAACUGGAAACAGCCACUUCAAGAUGACAUGGGAACUGUGACUCGUCUUGCAAGCGACAGCACAUCACCACUCGUCAAGCAGAGGUCACAGGAGCUUCUUAACUGGAACAAGCUGCUUCAGCAGAAAUGCAGCUCCCUGGAAAAUGGAGACUAUGGAAAGGAAGAUGUCAAAGUUGAUACUACAAUGUCCUUUUUGGACGGCUAUGUGUGCAAAGCUCUUGAGGCCGGUGCGAUGCCUUACAAGCCUCGAGUUUUCACUGCAGUGACCUUGGAAGAUGUGAGGACUGCAGCCACUGCGGUAUCAAGUUUAGACAUAGGUGGCUGUUCAGUAUCAGACAUGGAUAUUUUGUCUCCGGACUACCUUUCAUUCACAUCUGAUGUGCCUAUGGCAGAGAGCUCUGCGAAGACAAGCCCAUGGUCAGCAAUGGGCCGGCGAAAAAGUGAGAGCAUAGAGCACGAAUAUGCAGGACUUGAAAGCAGAAGCGUUGAUUCUUCGAAACAGGAGGAUGUGGAACUAAUGAAAGCACUUUUCUCACCUGUAUCUAGUGCAAAAGCAGCAAAAGCUGACUUAGGGAUUUCUCCAGACUCUGAAAACAUUGACAUGGCAUCAUCAUCGGCUCUGCAACAACAAAAGACAACUGUGUCUAAAAGUGCAGAGCUCUGGGGAAUCGAGCUGAAGCGACACAGCUGAUGCACAAUGACAACCACUGUAAAAAUCCACUCCACUUCUGUAUUAUAGCACAGUGCUCAAAUAUGUAGAUUAUGUUUUAUAAAGGCUAUGGUAGCUA